AAGCAGGGGAAAAGGUCAAGUAGCGCCCCCGUGGGCAUCAGAGCUAAUCUCUUCCUAGUAAAUGUUCUCGCCGUGGUGGGAUUUCUACCACGGACAGAAAGCUUUACCACAGAGCUGCAGCAAUGGUCCGCAAUGUUCAAUAUCUAUGCAUUACACGCCGCCGAUCACCUCGCCAUGACUUCCAUACGGCUCGGGAAACUGUUAAUAUUGGCCUCCCAUCGAAGAGACUGUUCCACUUUAUCUUUUUCCCAGUAUUCGGCUAUUGAACCACCCGCUUCUCACUAUCUCGAGCUUUCGGUCUUGGAAAUAAAUGCCUCGUCUAUAUAACUCGGUUUUUCGAUGCAAUAAUGCCUCGUCCCCGUUGUCCCCCCCACUUCUAAGAUGGACUUCACAGUGGUCUUCUUACUUGUCUCCUUCCUUUCGUCAGUCUAUAGCAAGACUCAUCACUUCCCUCUCAGUAUUGACACCAAAGUCAUUGCUCCCGACGGUUUUGCUCGAUCUGCCAUAACACCAAACGGAACCUUCCCCGGGCCAACGUUUAAAGUCAACAAGGGCGACGAUGUCCACAUUGUAACCACAAAUAAUCUUGCUGACCCUGGGAUGCGACGAAGUACCUCGAUUCAUUGGCAUGGCUUCUUCCAAGCUCGUACGUCAGCUAUGGAUGGACCUUCUUUCGUUAACCAGUGCCCAAUUCCGCCAAAAUCCACUUUCGACUAUGCUUUUAGCACCAUUGGACAAAGUGGCAACUACUGGUACCAUUCUCAUCUUUCGACACAGUAUUGUGAUGGUUUAAGAGGGGCAUUCAUCGUCUACGACCCGCAUGACCCUCUUGCCCAUUUGUAUGACGUGGAUGACGACAGCACUAUCAUUACGCUCGCAGACUGGUAUCACGACCUUGCACCGGACGCUCAGAAUAGGUUCUUCCAAACGGGUACUGUCCCUAUUCCUGACUCCGGUCUUAUCAACGGCGUCGGGCGCUACAAUGGCGGCCCCUUAGUCCCUUACUCCGUAAUCAAAGUCAGAAGAGGCAAACGCUAUCGUCUGCGUCUCAUUUCGCUCUCCUGUCGCCCAUUCUUCACUUUCUCAAUCGACAACCACAACAUCAGUGCAAUGGAGUUCGAUGGGGUUGAGCACGAUCCGGUCACGGUGCAGAACGUUGAUAUCUAUGCCGCACAACGUGUCUCCGUUAUUCUCGAAGCAAACCAACCUAUUGAUAAUUAUUGGAUUCGCGCGCCUCUCACUGGUGGGAACCCGGCUGGAAAUCCCAAUCUCAACCCUGACCUUACACGCGCUAUUUUGCGGUACGAGGGCGCGCCCAUCAGAGAACCCACCACAAACAAUACGCCUGGUAUUAAGCUGGAUGACGCCGAUAUGCAUCCCAUCGCUGAAGAAGGGCCCGGAAAGUUGGGAGAUGGUCCCCCAGAUGUUGCUUAUACCUUAAGUAUCACACAGCCAAAUCCACCAUUCUUUGAUAUCAAUGGCAUCUCCUACAUUUCGCCUCCGGUUCCUGUCCUCCUGCAGCUCCUAAGUGGAGCGGCGCGGCCACAAGAUUUCCUUCCUUCGGAACAAAUCUUCCUUCUUCCACCCAAUAAAACAAUAGAAAUUUCGAUCCCUGGAGCUGGGGCUCAUCCGUUCCACUUACACGGACACAACUUUGACAUUAUUCGUACGUCCAACUCCGCCGUGACGAACUAUGUCAACCCGCCAAGGCGCGACGUCGUUCCCAUCAACGGCGGAAACACCACAUUCCGAUUCUUCAGCGAUAAUCCAGGAGCCUGGUUUUUGCACUGCCACAUCGACUGGCAUCUGGAAGCCGGGCUAGCUAUAGUUUUCGCAGAGAGUCCGGCCGACAACAUUGAGGGCCCGCACGCCCAAAUCACGCCUCAAGAUUGGCUGACGUUGUGUCCGGAGUACAACGCCUUGUCGUCAGACCUGCAAUAAAGAAGUGUGCUCGAGAGUCACUCCGUACCAAUGUGCUAAUUUCUGGCUGUCAUUUUCAUCUUCAACUUAUUAAUAAUACAUUUGAAUCUUUACU